ACGGCACGCUCGUGCUCACUCGAGAGGCCCGCGCCACAGCCAGCGGCAACACACUAGCCGAAGCGGAGGCGGCGGCGACAGCAGCAGCUGCCGCGAGGAGGCCGCGCCGAGGCUGCCAGGCCACGAUGAGAGCCAGCACAAGAUGCAGACGUGAGGCCAGCACCGGCGGCACCGGCAGCGCGAUCGGGAUGCGCGCUGCGCCCAGCGGAAGGACGCAGCUGACGGUGCGAGCGACACUUGGCGCCGGCGGGCGCUAAGGCAGCGCAAGCAGGCAGGCAGGCAGGCAGGCAGGCAGGCAGGCAGGCAGGGAGGCAGGCAGGCAGGCAGGCAGACAAGCAGACAGGCAGCCGAGGCGAGGCGAGGCGAGGCGAGGCGGCGGACCGGGCGGCGCAGGAAGCGAGGCAGCGGCGCCCGAGCGAGCCUCGAGGGGUGCGGGCCAGCCAAGCGAGGGGGCCUCGCGAGGGGAUGCAGCGCGAGGGGGCGGCGGCAUGGAGGAGCCCUCGCUGGAGGCCCUCAUGCAGGCGGGCUUCAUCUUCGUCGUCGGCGUUGCCAUCAUCCUCUCGAAUCUGCUCAUCAUCGCUACGUAUCUCAACUUCCGGGGUCCGAGCGAGGUGAUAAACAUAUACUUGCUGUCACUGGCGACGGCGGACCUGCUCUGCGGUCUGCUGGUGGUGCCGCUGUCGGUGUACCCGGCGCUCGCGCGCCGAUGGGUGUACGGGGACAUCGUGUGCCGGCUGGCCGGCUACCUGGAGGUCACGCUGUGGGCCGUCUCGGUGUACACCUUCAUGUGGAUCUCGGUGGACCGCUACCUGGCGAUCCGCAAGCCCCUGCGCUACGAGACCGUGCAGACCAAGACGCGCUGCCAGUGCUGGAUGGUCUUCACCUGGAUCAGCGUGGCGAUGAUGUGCUGCCCGCCGCUGCUCGGCUUCAACAAGCCCAUCUUCGAUCGCGAGGCCUUCAUCUGCAUGCUCGACUGGGGCAACAUGGCCGCCUACACCAUCACCCUGUCGAUCCUCGUGCUCGGCCCCUCCGUGAUCACCAUCGUCUACACGUACUCCUACAUCUUCUCCAUGAUGAGGAAGCUGCGAUCGGGCGUGCCCAUACACGACAAGGAGUACGCGACCGCGCUGUCCGAGAACCUGAGCAAUCCCAGCCACAUCAUGUCCUUCGUCCUGGUGAUGGCCUUCUGGAUCUCCUGGGCGCCGUACGCCGGGCUGAGGAUCUGGUCCUCGAUUAACGGCCCCCCGCAGGUGCCUUUCCUGCACUUUGCCGUCGUCUGGUUUGGCAUCACCAACAGCUUCUGGAAGGCGAUCAUUCUCGGCACGCUCAGCCCGCAAUUCCGUCUGGCGGCGCGCGUCCUCUGCUUGACGCUGUGCUGCCGCCACAGGAGGCUGCCGCCGGAGCUCCUCGGCCUCGACGACGACGACUAGAGCCGCUGAGGCGAACCAGCGCGGCGGCCGUCUCGCCCCGGGGCCCCGGGGCUUGCGAAGCUCAACUUCGAUCCACCAUCAAGACGCGUUCCAUAUAAGUAUAUAUAUAUGCACGCAGACACACGCAUAGAGUUUUUCAUCCAAGCAUCUGACGCGCGUUUAUUAUAGCUAUAGCGGAAGAAGCGAGCGGAGAACUGAGAUCUCGAAACGACAAAAUACAACUAAAUCGAUAGUUAUAUUGCUAAAGAGCUGCCGCCACGCGAUACAGGCGCCAUUCGAAUCGAAUUUUCGUAAGCUAAUCAAACUUUUUAGCAACAAGUAAGCUAAGCAUCAAAGUUGUCAACGCCAAUAACAAAGCAUUCUCGAUUUUUCGCUGAUUAAUUGACCUUCGUCUGUGUGCUUCAACACACACUUGUCGCACUCAACAAACUUUUUUAUAUUUACCGUCAAGAUCUCGCAUUUGACUGCAUUAUUUUGUGUAUUUUUAUUGCACAAAGAAACGUUGCUCAAUGCCGUGCAUAUUUUUUCAAAUAGCGCCGGCUGAUCAACUUUGUACGUUCGUAUUGUACUUUGUAUUUUUUGCAACGUCUGAUGUUAAUCGCUUCUAGCCAAUGCAAAUGCCGACUGAACAAAGUCCCUAAUAGUUUUUGCUGCUAUAGGCACACCUUGAUUUGCAAUUUGGCGCAAAGCUCAUGUAAAACUACUUGACAAAUCAAUUUUAUUCCUAUAUAUCGAAUGAACUGGCUUUUCUUGAACGAACUGGAGCACGAAAGUUUCUUUUCCUCGAUGCAAAGCAAUUAAACAAACGUCUAAGAUAACGGAAAGGCAGUGAAGUUUCUUACGAAUUAUAAGAUGUACCACUUCGAAUACCGAAGGACAAAAUCGAUGUAAUCUGUAAGACAACGCAAAUACAAAUACAUCAUGGAAAAAACUGAUGGAAGAAAACCAAAUGAAAAAAGUGAUUAUUUUUACUAAUCUCACCUGUCAACUCUACUGUUAUUUUAAGAACGACAGGGCUACGGUUAAAUCGAUUUCGCUCCGUCUCUUAUCGUCUCGCUUCGCUCGGUAACUGGGAGUCGCUAAUUACGAAUGAAAUGAAACAAUUUGCUGGAUAAUCCCGAUACAAAAAUCUAAGGAUGUUGUAAAGUGAUUGUAGCAGAACUUUCAUUCAUCUAUGAUGAAAGGUGUAAAAUUAAACGAAACUCUUAUAUCAGCUGUUGUUACCUUUCAAGCAAAUUGAAAAAUCGACUACUAAUCGUGAAAUUCAACCGAGUACUCAAAGGAGGUACGAGUCAAAAUUAUUUACAAACGAAAAAUGAAAAUUAUUUCAAUGGAGUUGCUCCUAAAAUCACUAUUGUUCAUUUCAAGUUCGACAAAAUAAAGAAUUGCUGUUGCAGGAAGUGUACAAAGUAAAUAAUAUUGACAAAAGCAUUGUAGUCAAUUAAUAUCAGUAAAUGAAAUAUAAAUGCAUACAGAAAAUUAUGAGUCGACUUUAGGAAAGCUCAUGAAAAAAUCUACACUUACUUUAUUUUCACUUAUAGGACGACUGGGCUUCUAUUUCUCGUAGAAAGCUGUUGAUCCAUUCGAUAACAAAGAAAGUUUUUCAAGGGUCACUGAACACUACGAUUCAUCUAUGUGCGUAUACGUUUUUCGAACUGCUGAUACCAUUUGCAAAUAAAGCUUGAAACACGUAAUAAACUAAAACACUGUGUGUAGCAUGAAAAUGCAAGACGAAUUUAAGAGCUUGUGAAGUUAUAACUUCUCGAAUAUCAAUAAAAAUUUGCAGAUCGUUACAUUUUUUAUUACUGUACAGUCUUCUAUUCAUUGUUAAUCAUUAUAUUGUUGAAUCUAUAAAAUAAAUCAUGUAGAAUCAAUAAACACUUUUACAAAUUAACGUUCCUGUAUAUACUUACUUAAUAACAUUAAAACAAAUGGGAUCAGAAUUUGUUGAAUUGCAUUCAGUUAAAAAUUAAAUAGUUCUCAUUAUGACAUUUUUUUGCCAAUCUGCUAUCAUUAUCAUAAUAAUUAUAUUUUCAAUUCGUAAAAAUUACAGUACUUAUAUAUAAUAUUAUUGCACUUCAAAUAACAUUUUUAUGCCAUAUUCUGCAUUUUCAAUCAUCUCAUAAUUAUUUUCAUAAUAUUAAAACAAGUUUUACGAAGGUUUUACGAACAUAUGUCGAGACAAUUUGAUUACAUAUAUAAAAAAAUUUUCAGAAAAUAGACAAAUCAUUGGAAACUACAAAUUUAAUAUUAUAAAUCGAUAGUUCAAUACUAUACUGUAAUUACUUUAGAUACAGUACAACUAAUACAUUUCAAUGUUUACUUCAAAAACAGUGUUUUCAAGUAUUUUCGAAAAUUAUCUACAACUUCAACUUUAUAUAUACAUAAAUUGUAUAAGCUUUACGUUUAACUGAAAAUUUAAAAAGUUACAGCUAAUAACUAUAAAAAAUACUUUACGGAUUACUUUAAUCAAGUAUUCAAAGUCAAUAUCAACGUAAAAUAACGAGAGUUGUUCGUUGAAGAAAAAAUUAUAAAUUUAAGCGGAAAAUGCAAAAUGACAUCACAUGAAAUAAACAUACAAAAAAGCGAAGCAGAGCGAAUGAAAGAAGCAAAAAGAUUAGUUGUGAAUGUAGAAAAUCAGAAUAUCUUGGGUUUUAGAGAUUUUGGUAUAUUUCUUAUUGAAUGAAUAAAAGUAUUUAAAAAAUACCUUUUUGUACCUAGUUGCUAGUUUUUUACUAGUUUUAUAACGUACCUCACUGUGAGUGUGCUGUUAAUAAAUUUAAAAAAUAGACUAACAGUAGAGUAGCAUGUUAAAGUAAAACAUACGGAGCAAAAAGUGAAACGAGAGUGUAGAAUAAGUGAAUUAUUAAACUAAUGGAUAUAAUAUUACAAUGAAUGCGAAAAACGAAAGAUACAUUUCAGAGGUGUAAUUGCUAAAUGAAAAUAUAUUCAUUCACAUUGUAGAGCUUUCAUGUUCAUUUCAUUUUGAUAAAUAUAUUAUCUUAGUCGCUUUAAUAUUCAUGUCUGACAGGAAAUAUCAUUAAUCUCUGAUUGGAAAGAUACAUAUAUUCAGUAAAGCGAAUAUUAUAAUUGAUGUCACAGAAGGAGAAAGUCAUAUUCUUUAUUUAUGCUUAAAAAGAAAGCACCUCACUUUGUAUCUGCAAGAUUCUUAAAAAUAGAGGUGAUACUCGGAAAAUUAUAUUCAAGAUAAUCAAUUUCAAACUUCUAUGAAACUAUGCAGUGAUGAAUACUGAAUUGUGUAAUUAUAAAAUAUAUUUUAAAAAACAGCCAAAGCAGGUAGCUUAGAUAUCUUAAAACAUAACAACUAAUUUUUUCUAACCACUUUAGUUAAAUACACUAAAUAAAACAAAUAAUUCUCGAUAUUUGUAAUCAUAAAUAUUACUAAUUUUAUUUUCCAACAAAGAUUUCGACAUUUUUAUGGUUUUCAUUACUGACGAGUGCUCAUGAAUAUUUAUAAUCUAAAUUAUAAUUACUACAUAAAUAAAAUAUUAUGAAAUAAAAUAAACUUGGAGAGCUAAGUUUUUGUUUAAGAUGUAAAACUAUAUAAUAUGAUAUGGUCUUGUCUAUUCGUAAAAGCUUCUGAAAAUAUGCAUUUUAUUUAAUCGCAUUGAACUUAUAUGUAAAAUGUUUAGAGUAAAAUAUUUAUUUUUGUUAACAAAUUUAUAUAAAAUAGAGAGAAAUAUUUUUUAAAAAAUGUUCAAUCUUAUAGAAUACUCAAUCGUGUGAUUGGAAAUAUUAACUAUGAUCUAUUUUGCACUAUUUAAAUUAUGUACACAAACUUUUAGUAAAUUUAGGUUAAUCGACUAUCAAAGUUUUUCUUAUUCGUAUAUAAUUUAUACAUAUCAAAUAUUUCAUAUCCAAGGUAAACCAAGUGUAGUCUCCAUUGGUAUUAUUUAUUCUAUGUAUAUCGUUGUAUACGGAAAUUAAAUCAAAUUUCGCGGUUCUAUUUUUAUAAAUCGCAUAAGUACCAUUGGAAUAAAUUUUUCAAUGAUCCCGUAUAUUUCUACUGAUACAAAAAUCUUAAUCGCGUGUAUAUAUAUACACACACACACACACUCAACUUUUUGGUUUAUAACAGAAGCGCACUUACAUAGAAAGUUUGCUAAGAAGAUGUAUAUUCAGGUCAUUUUAAAUAACUACUCAGCUCUGCUAAUAUGAAGUAUUUGAUUAAAUAAAAGACGAAAUUGGUUCAAUUCUCUUUUUAUUGAGAAACAUCAUCAGAACACUACUGCUACUUUACUCAAAUUUCAUAUUCUUACAAAGAAUCAAAUUAAUUUUAAUUUUUCAAUUAUAUUAUGCGAUGAAAUUUAAUUUAAACAGAAAAAUAUUUAUAAGUGAGACUUAACUCGAAAACUACGUGACUAAAAUUGAUGAAAAUGUUAUAAAUCUAUAACUGUUAUACCUAUAUAAAAAAUGAAUCGUUUUUCUUAAAAUAAAUCAAUUCAUACAUGUAGAUUUAAUUAAAUAGCAGAAGGAGAAAAAAAUUUUCAGCUAAAUUUUUAUAGACAAUUAGACAAUUGGAUUUGAUAUCUAUUAAAUUAGUAACCAUUUAUAGACAGAUGGUCGCUUGUGGCGCAUUUUCUUCAGCUUUUUGUUAUUAAACAACGAUUGCACUGUAGUAUGAAAUAAGAUUUUAAUCGGUUCAUUGAAAUAUUUAUUAUUCUAUGCAAUAAUUAAUAUAAACGAAUUAAUAAUACUGGAAUCAUCUAUUCUAUUGAAAUAAAAAUGAGUUUUUUUAUAAAAAUAAAUAAUACAUGAGGCGUUUAUCAGGGGAAGAAUGGUUAUAUCGAUUUUUCAUAUGCAACGGUGCCAAAAUACUUAUAAAUUUAAUAAAUGCGUAUUUGCACUUGAAAUCAUUCAAUCUUGAAUCCAAAGAUCUGCUUUGUAGCCUUAAAAAUAAUUUUUAAGAGUCACUAUUGUUAACUUUAGAGGAUAUGUACAAACAUCAUGUUUGCAUUUAAGCGACUAUUACAAUCGAAAAGAAAUGAGUGGAAGUGUCAACGGUUACAACAGAAAUAUAGAUAUAAGAUGAAUUGGAUAAAUUUGUUCGAUGAUAACGAUCAAGAUAUUGUAUUACACAAACAACUAUUAUUGUCUUAGAGCUUAGAGUAGCAUGAUAUUGCAUGUACAUAGAUAAUACAAUUUCUCACUACGAUAUAAAAAUUGUGUAAUUAUUCUUACCUGAACUUUUUAUGAAAUAAAAUCCAACGGUACGCCUUGUUAUUUUUCCAAGUUUUUAACGAUACAGUAAUGCUCACCUUAUGUAUGUAACUCGAACAAUUAAUUAAAAAUUAUUUUACAAGAGAAAUUUCUUCAUAAAAUCAGUCAUCUCAAAGACAUUGAUAGAGCAAUUUAGUACUAUUCGAUUGAAAGAAUGUAAUUCUUGCAGUAAAAAUAAGAAUGACAAUAAUGAUGAUUUGACAUUUGACUUGUACCAAAGUAAAUAUUGAUAAAUUAUGAUAAAAUAGACGUAAUAAAGAGAUGAACGAAGCAUACUUGAAGAAACCAAGAUAAUUGCCGUAUUGAAGCUUAUGCACGUAUCCAACUAGAAUGUGAUUUAAUGCUCGCUCAACGCACAGACAUAUCGUCUGAGCAAUCCCGGCCGUAAAAAAAGUUUUGAACGCUUGCCAAGUUUUGGUAUUCCGAGUGUUAUCAUCC